AUGCCCCAGGCUGAGCCCAGCUCUGCCACCACCACUCUGUCCCCGCAGCGAGUCACUCAGCCACUCUGCGCCAUUUCUCCAUCUGUGCAAAUGAGCACCCAACGGAGGGCACUGGUGCCACGGGGACUGAGCCUGGCCCUACCCCCGCCCCAUGAGUCUGGCUGUGCUGAGGCCUGGGACCCGGCUAGCCUGGUGCUCUUGGCCAAAGCCCCCAUGGUGCCCCCACCCCAGCCCCCACUGACUCUCUCCCCAGCUUCAACAGACCCCCAGGCUCCCAUGCUCCUUCGGGGUCAGCUCCCCGAGGACAGGCCUGGCCGGCCAGCUGGAAGAGCCAGAAUGUUUGGCCUCCGGACAACAUUCAACGACAUCGUCUUCUACCUCACGCCUGUCGGCCCGAUCGGGCUGGUGGGCAACAGGUUGGUUCUCUGGAACCCGGGCUUCCACAUCAAGAAGAGCCCCUUCAGCGUCUACGUGCUCGAUCUGGUGGCCGCCGACUUCCUGUUCCUGGGCUGCCAGGUGGCCUUCUCAGCCGUCAAGGUGGCCCUGGGCUCCAACCUGCCCUACUUCGCCAUCACCUUCCUCUGGUUAGCGGUGGGGCUCUGGCUGCUGGCGGCCCUCAGAGCCAAGCACUCCCUCUCUGACAUCUUCCCCAGCUGCUACCAGUGCUGCUGCCCCAGACACACCACGGUCGUGCUCUGCAUGCUGAUCUGGGCGCUGACCCUGCCUGCACCUGUGGCCUGCCUCCGGUACCAUGCGGCCAGUGUCACCAGGCUGCUGGUCCUGGCCGGCGUGGCCUGCCUGUCGGGCCUCGUCUUCUUCAUGUGGGUCAGCUGCUGCCCCCAGCGCCCGCGCCUGCAGUUCUCCAGCUUCUUCCUGGCCUCCACGCUGCUGCCCCCCAUGUGCAGCCUGCCCUUCAUCCUCUACUGGGGCUUUCCGCCCCUGCUUAGCUUCCCGCUGCCCAUGUUCCCACUGCUCGCCACCCUGCUGGCCUGCAUCCACGGUGCCACCAAGCCUCUGGUCUAUUACAUGCUGGGCCAGCAACAGGGGAAGCGGGAGCCCCCUCAGGCAGUCUUCCAGAGGGUGCUGGGUGAGGGGGCUGAGCGGGGGGGCUGUGGGGUUGUCCCUGCCCAUGGGUCGAGUGUAGACAGUGGCCUAGCACUCCCCCUGCCCAGCGCUCACCUGGAGAUCUCUUCUACAGAGAGCCCUGCUGUACCUCUCAGAGAGACCCCAGGACUCAAGCGGGGUGGGGACAGCCGACCAGCCCCCUCUGCCAGCCUGCGCUGCCUGGAUACCCGUCUGCCUGCACGCAGCCACGUCCAGCAGCCCAGGCACCAAGCAGGGGGCCCGCGGGGAGGCCCAGCUUCUCUGUGCUCACCCACAGAGAGCUCAGCAGACACGUCCCAACACAGGGCAGCCCUUAGGGUCACCAGCCUGGGCAGAGCUCAGUACUUCCUGAUUUGCCCACGCGUGUCUGCAGCUUUCCGUGUUACCGUCUUCUGUACUUGCUACCCGAUGCUUAACAACUGA